CAAGUAAACCAGUUCGGAUUCAAUUUCUCCUUCCCCGAAUCCUCCCUGCUCUCCGUUCCCUUGCGCAAAUCGCUGAUUGCAAAUGGCGACGCCCAUGGCGGAAGACAAUUUCGAGGAAGACCAGAUCGCUUCCAUGACCACAGAAGACAUCGUUCGCGCCUCUCGUCUGCUCGAUAACGAAAUACGAAUACUGAAGGAUGAGUUGCAGAGGACGAAUCUAGAAGUGGAUUCGUUUCGCGAGAAGAUUAAGGAGAAUCAAGAGAAAAUCAAGCUAAACAAGCAACUUCCGUAUUUGGUUGGAAAUAUUGUUGAGAUACUGGAAAUGAAUCCAGAAGAAGAAGUAGAAGAAGAUGGUGCAAAUAUUGAUCUAGACUCCCAAAGGAAGGGUAAAUGUGUUGUGCUAAAAACAUCUACACGGCAGACAAUUUUCCUGCCUGUGGUGGGCUUGGUUGACCCCGAUAAGCUGAAACCUGGUGAUCUUGUUGGAGUGAACAAAGACAGUUAUCUCAUUUUGGAUACUUUGCCAUCUGAGUAUGACUCUCGGGUUAAGGCUAUGGAGGUUGAUGAGAAGCCGACGGAAGAUUAUAAUGAUAUCGGUGGCCUGGAGAAACAGAUUCAAGAAUUGGUUGAGGCAAUUGUGUUGCCUAUGACCCACAAAGAAAGAUUUCAAAAAUUAGGUAUCCGCCCCCCAAAAGGAGUGCUUUUGUAUGGGCCUCCUGGAACAGGAAAGACCUUAAUGGCCCGAGCCUGUGCUGCCCAAACAAAUGCCACUUUCUUGAAGCUAGCUGGUCCCCAGCUUGUGCAGAUGUUCAUUGGUGAUGGAGCUAAGUUGGUUCGAGAUGCAUUCCAGCUUGCAAAAGAAAAAUCUCCUUGCAUCAUAUUUAUUGAUGAGAUUGAUGCCAUUGGUACCAAACGGUUUGAUAGUGAAGUAAGCGGGGAUAGAGAAGUGCAGAGGACUAUGUUGGAAUUGCUCAAUCAGCUCGAUGGGUUUAGCAGCGAUGAACGAAUCAAGGUAAUAGCAGCAACCAAUCGAGCGGAUAUCUUAGACCCUGCCUUGAUGCGUUCUGGUCGACUGGACCGUAAAAUUGAAUUUCCACAUCCCACUGAGGAUGCCCGGGCUCGCAUUCUCCAGAUCCACUCCCGGAAAAUGAACGUUCAUCCUGAUGUCAACUUUGAGGAGCUCGCGCGCUCGACAGAUGACUUCAACGGCGCUCAACUAAAAGCAGUUUGUGUGGAAGCAGGCAUGCUAGCACUUCGCCGGGACGCAACUGAGGUGAACCACGAAGAUUUCAACGAAGGCAUUAUCCAAGUUCAAGCCAAGAAGAAAGCCAGCCUCAAUUACUAUGCCUGAUCUCCCAAUUUUAUUAUUUUUGUUAUGUGUUUCUCCAAUAUGGUAUGUAAACGAACACCAAUUUGGGUUAAUUAAUUAAUGUACUACUGCGUCUGCUAA